AUGGUAAAUAACCCGAACGUCAAGAUUGUAAGCGCGGGAUCCACUCCCACUACAGUCGUUAAUAAAAAUGUAAGUCUCUCAAUUUGGAUUUAUGGUUUUCGUGAUUUUUUUAUUGACCCGUGA